AUGUCCAACCUUCGCGCCCUUCCCCCAUGGGAUUGUCGUGACAAGUAUGAUUCAGCCCGAGCAAUAUACAAUGUUCCGCUUCGUGCGUCUAUCAAGGCGCUAGAAGAUGAAAAUGCCACACUGAAACGGCUUCUAAUUCAAAAUGGAAUCUCAUGGUCACCAAUUUCUAGCGCAUACUUAUCCCAAAACGGUAUCCCGCGACGCCGGACUCGCUCCUCAGUGCAAAGCAUAUCUGGUCAACUACCGGCUCUUCCUAUGGAGGCCGUGUUAAACAUUAUGCGCUUUGCCCUUCUAAGCCCGCAUCCUAUUAUAGACCCAUUAUCACCUUUGGAGCCCAGCACACUUACUAAAAACGAGAAACAGAGAGGCAAUCAGAUUGCCAUCCACUUUCUUGCGACGUGCUCCGCCUUGCACACCGAAGGCACACGGUACUUGUGGGAACAGAAUCAGUUUGUAUUUACAUCCCCAGAGUCGGUACGACGCUUCGGAGAACUCAAUAUUCGAUUUCGACAACCUAUCAAGCAUGUUACAUUCAGGGUGGUCGCAAAGUACUACGACGACGAAACCCGUCCUCAGAGGCGGAAAAUAGGACGCAGCUACCACCUUGCUGUAAAGAAGAGUCAUACAUUAGCUGUUUCUCGGAGACCAAAGGAGUCGUUAUUGGUACGAGGAGGCUUUCGCUGCUACAGCUGGAAUCAGGUUGUCGACUUUCUCUAUGCGAUGCGAACGCCAUUCGACCCAUUGUCCGGCCAGGGACUCAAGCCCGAACCAAAGUUAUUCCCAUCCAUCCAAUCUCUUCGGCUAGAUCUGGUGAAUUUUACUGAAGACCUACCUUAUCCGUCUCUUAAUUUGCAUGAUAUGGCAUGCCACGAGAUGUCGUGCUCAUUAGAUGAGCUGAGUGUGACGGGAAUGCCAAGCGAUGAGGCAGGCGUCAGAGCGGAAGCUGAGCUGGCUGGUCUCCUGAAAGAUGAUGGCUUGUAUUUGGAUGGUCUACCGACGUAUAUUGCCCUCAAAGGCAGCUUACACACUCUUCCUGAUAGCCCAAGGGGGUGGAGCUCCAAGGUUAUCCGAUGUUGGAAGCAGGGCGACCAUGAGUCGAGUUCGGAUUCUGAAAUGCUUGACGACCACUUCCAUCACUUUGACGAUCUAGAUGAUCCCCGCCGGCCAUUGGGCAUCCUAGCUCCAGCAACCACUCAAAGUGAUCAACCCAAGGGUACCGACUACGUCAUAUGGAAAAAGAUUCCAGUCUCGCGAGACUCGAACGAAAGAAUUUGGACACCAUUUUCGAGAACUACAGGCCACGAAAUAGACCUUGACAUUGAGUCGGACGAAGAUACCUCGCCAUGA